AUCUUCUUUCUCCUUUUGAGCAGUCACAUGAAUAAUAAUUCAAUUAGUGGACAAAUCCCUCCAGAGCUCUCCAAACUACGAAACCUUGUACACUUCCUUCUUGACAACAACAAUUUAUCAGGGUACCUUCCAGAAGAGCUCGCCCAAAUGCCAAAUUUAACUGUCCUUCAACUUGACAAUAACAACUUUGAUGGGGCUACUAUUCCUAGAUCAUUUGGAAACAUACCUACAUUAUUGAAGUUGAGCCUUAGGAACUGCAAGUUGCAAGGAUCAAUCCCUGACCUAAGCGAAAUACCUAACCUUGGUUAUCUGGAACUGAGCUCAAACCAACUAAGUGGACCCAUACCUACAAAUAAGCUCUCUGAGAAUAUCACAACCAUUAAUUUAUCCAACAAUAAUCUUACUGGAAGCAUUCCUGGCAACUUUUCUAGUCUACCUCGUCUCCAGCAACUGCUACUUGCAAAUAAUUCAUUGAAUGGCUCAAUUUCAUCCUCCCUUUGGCAAAAUAGGACUCUAAAUGCAAUAGAGAGGCUUAAACUGGAUUUGGAGAACAAUUUGCUUGUCAAUAUUUCUGGAAGUUCUGACCUCCCUCCAAAUGCCACUCUUUGGCUUAAAGGGAAUCCUAUAUGCUCGAAUGAAAGUUUGGUCCACUUUUGUAAAUCUCAAGUUGAGAAUGAAACUAGAAUAAGCAUUGCAACAAACUCCACCACCACUGAAUGUAAACCACAAUCAUGUCCCUAUGAGUAUUCCCCAACAUCUCUUUCAGAUUGCUUUUGUGCUGAGCCUUUGCUAAUAGGAUUUCGGUUGAAAAGUCCUGGUUUUUCAGAUUUUAUUCCAUAUAAAAAAAUGUUUGAAGGGAACCUGACUCAAUGUCUCAACUUGUUUGUUUAUCAACUCUAUAUCUCUUCAUUUGCAUGGCAAGAAGGACCACGACUGGGAAUGUACUUAAAGCUCUAUCCUAUUUAUGAUAACACUACCAACAAUCAUUUGUUCAAUCAAAGUGAGGUUCAACGAAUCAAGAGCAUGUUCACUGGAGUUAAUAUCCCUCUUAAUGGCUUAUUUGGAUGUUAUCAACUUAUAAACUUCAUUUUGCCGGAUGCUUAUAAGGAUGAAUCUAGCCCUUCUUUAUCAACAAGCAUAAGUAAAGGUGCAUUGGCUGGCAUUACACUGGGGACCUUUGUUGGUGCAGCUACAUUAACUGCAAUCAUUUCACUUAUUAUAUUUAGGAGGCACCUGAAGGGCUACCAUGCAGUUUUGAAACGAUGUCAGGCCUCUAGAUCCUUGUUAAAAAUUGAUGCUGUCAAGAGUUUCACAUAUGGAGAGCUAGCUUUGGCAACACACAAUUUUGAUAUCUUCACUCAAAUUGGCCAAGGUGGAUACGGAAAGGUUUAUAAAGGCACUUUGGCUGAUGGCACAAUUGUGGCUAUAAAGUGUGCACAAGAGGGGUCAUUACAGGGUGAAAAGGAGUUCCUAACUGAAAUAAAAUUGUUAUCAAGGUUACAUCAUCGAAACCUUGUUUCUUUGGUUGGUUAUUGUGAUGAAGAAGGUGAACAGAUGUUGGUGUAUGAAUUUAUGUCUAAUGGCACUCUACGGGAUCAUCUUUCAGGAAAGAUUAAAGAACCUCUGAGUUUUGCAAAGAGGUUGAGAAUAGCUCUUAGUUCAUCUAAGGGAAUCCUCUACCUACACACAGAAGCUAAUCCUCCUAUAUUUCAUCGAGAUAUCAAAGCCAGUAACAUAUUAUUGGAUUCUAAAUUUGUCGCAAAGGUUGCUGAUUUUGGACUUUCACGACUUACUUCAAUGCCUGAUAUUGAAGGUGCAACACCUGCUCAUGUGUCUACUGUUGUAAAGGGGACUCCAGGUUAUGUUGAUCCGGAGUAUUUCCUAACACAUGUGUUGACAGACAAGAGUGAUGUAUAUAGCCUUGGUGUUGUGUUUUUAGAGCUUUUGACAGGGAUGCAACCAAUUUCGCAUGGCAAAAACCUUGUUCGAGAGUUUGUGAAUUUGGCCAUGAAAUGUUGCCAAGACGAGUCAGAUUCAAGACCUUUGAUGGUAGAGGUGGUUCGAACUCUGGAAACUAUAGGGUUGAUGAUGUCGAAGUACUCUGACCCGUUGCUAGCAGAAUCCAUGGAAAGUGACCCAAAAAAGACAUCUACUAUUCCACCUUCGUCAUCCUCUAUGAUGAAGAAUCCGUACACGUCCUCGGAUGUUUCUGGUAGUGACCUUGUUAGUGGAGUGAUUCCCACCAUCACACCUAGAUAAUAACAUGACCACACAACACAUCCUGCUCCUGCUUUGAUGAGUCUCUUACUGUUGUUAUGUACAUGUAUCGAUUUCCUCAUUUCUGUUACUGUAUGGUCAGUCUUUUGCAUCAAUAGGAUAAAUCAUUUAUCAAUUU